AAGUUAUAGAAUUUUAAAACAUGUCCUAUGAACACAUAUGGUAUAAACUGUCAACAAACUUGUGAAUGUCUCAAUGGUGGUGUCUGCAACAGAAUUAAUGGUAACUGUACUUGUGGUGGUUAUUGGCGUGGACAGAAAUGUACAGACAGAAUUCCACAGAUUAUUGCUACUUCUGACCAGGAAAUAAAUGUUGGACAAUAUACAUUUAUAUCUUGCACUGCUGAUGCCAUUCCUUCACCUUCUCUGGAGAUAACUUCGAGUGAUUUGAAUAGAUUAAAUACCUCAAUAACAAAAUUUGGAAAAAAUCAAUAUCAAGCAAUUGCCAAUGUUACUGCCAACUCUUCAGGAAAUUAUACUUUUCAUUGCUCAACUAAUAAUACUUAUGGUUGGGAUAUAAAAUCUUUUUUUCUGCUAGUGAUCGAUCCACCUGUACUAAAUGAAAGGCCCGAAAUAAUAAAUGUUACUUCAACCAGUAUAGAAAUAUCAUGGAAAUCAUGGGAAUACGGAAUUGAUAAAGGUGGAAAAGAAAUGGAUAGAGUUGAUUAUUUAGUAGUUUAUCGUAUUUGGGAAACAACGGUAUGGAAUACAACUAACAAUUGGAUAUCUACAACAAGUACUGUAAUACAUGAACUUUUACCUGAUACUGAAUAUCAAAUUGCCAUUAAAUGUAGAAGAUCUGGUAAAGGUGGAAUAGGUUCACCAAGUCCAAUUAUGUCAGCUAGGACAUUAUGUGGAAAUCCAUCAUCUCUUGCUAUUCCUCUUGAUUUUAAUCCUCAACAUUUUACACCACAUACAAUUACUCUUUCUUGGAAGCCACCAAUAUACUCUGAAUUACAAUGUUCUUUGAUUGGAUAUAUAUUGUGUUAUUAUGAAGGCAUAGGGGUGCAUAAUCUACAUUGUGUGAAUAUUUCUAAAUCUGAAGAGUCUUAUACCCUGGAAGGAUUACAACCAUUCACAGAAUAUGUUCUCCUACUUUUUGCAGUUACACCUAAAGGAAAAGGACAACAGUUUGCUGUAUUGAAAUUUUCUACACCAGAAGCAGUUCCAGGACCAGUUGAAAAUCUGAAAUACAGUCAAAUAUUAAAGAAUCCUGAACUGAUAGUAAUUGAAUGGAAGACAAGUUCUGUAAUGAAUGGAAUACUUAAGGAUUAUUUAAUCAAAUAUGAAUUGAUGAAACAGGGUCUCUGUGAAAAUAUAUUAUCUUCAAAUGUACACAGAAAUAAAACUGUACCCAAAUCUCAACAUGACGUUAUAUUGAAAGAUUUAUUGCCUUUUUCUACAUAUAAAGUAAGUGUUCAAGCAAGCACUUCUGCUGGUUAUGGUGAAGAAAGAACCAUAAUUGUGAAAACUUUGGAAUCUGUGCCAAGUUCAAGUCCUGAAAAUGUACAUGUUAUUUCAGAAGACAAAAAUUCACUAAGUUUUGAAUGGGAUUCACUAUCUUGUGAUACUGCUAAUGGAUUUAUUAAAAAUUAUGAAUUUGGUAUACAAAAUGCUUCUGAAAUUAAAAAUUCUAGUAGAGAAAAACGUAGUGAUGAUUUCAAAGUUUGGAUAAAGUCAUUAACUCAAGUUGCAGAUACUAAAGUAACUAUUCUUGGACUUCUUCCUUAUGAAGAAUAUGUAUUUACAGUAAGAGCUCUUACGAAAGUAGGUGGUGGACCAUUUUCUGAAGAAAUUUAUGCUAGAACAGCUGAAGAUGGUAAUACAAAGUUUUACAAUAUUAAAUGUUUACUUAUUUUAAAAUGUUGUUAUAUUAAUUUGAUUAACAGCUUACAUUAAUUAUACAAAUAUAAGCAUACCGAAACCCAUAUUAGGUUAAAGCCAAAAACUUUCUGGAUUAUAUCGUGCUAUUAAUAUAUCCAGCAUCAUUUAGCUUCACAUUAAUUAUAAAGUACCAUUAAAAAAAUGAUACAGUAACACAUAAUAUAGAUUAUGUAACACUAUGUACAGAUAUAUGAACAGUUUAUAAUUAUUAUCUACAUAGUAAAUAAUAAGCUUUUCAGUUACUUAUUUACAUAUUAACAUUCUAUAAUCUGACAGAAAUGUGUGAUUUUGGAGAUAGGGAAUAAAUUUUAUUAGAUAAUUCAAAAACUGAAAUAUUAUUUUUGUGUUAAAAAUGGCACAUUUUUGUACAUUGGUGGACAAAAGUUGAGUAAAAGGGAAAUCAAGUUUUCUUUUCUUCACUAUUGACUUUUCAGGGCGAGAUCUUAUUGCCCAUUUUGACAAACAUCUGUCAACUUGAGUCAUGGUGAAUAUCCUGUCAUAUUGUUAAAAAGUGGCCACUGAUUGGAAGGGGCCACAAGAUAUAAGGGGCUAGCACCCCAGUAUCGGGGCUCGCUCUCUCGAAAGUCAACCAAUAAACGUCUCCACAAACUCCCAUUACUCUGCCGUUGCCACUACAAUCCAAGAAGACCACCAUCCUUGAACUGAAAGAGGUAUUAUGCUUAGACAAAUGUAAACUCUCGCUCUUGCAUUGAACCUAGAUGUUAGUUAGUAGUCAAGUUUGAUUUAAUCUAGUGUGGUUGUAUUUCGCUUCCUUUUUAAGACGAUAACUGGCUGAGUGCCAUAGAGGAGAUUCUUAUUGGCCAUGGAUGUAGAAGAAGUCUCCAGCCAGCACCGUUAGUAACCAUGGAAGGUUAUAUUGAAAUUUAAGUAUGUCUGGAAGCAAUCACUGGCUUGGGGUCUGGGUGGCACAACUUUUUAAGAUUUUUAUUAAACUUGUUGUUGAUUGUUUAACUGGUCUUGAUGUUUCACAAAAUAUAUGCUGGAUGCUUUAUUGGGAGUCCAUAGUCAGAUGAAAUUAUAAGAAACUCAGAUUGAGAGCCAAAUGCAACAAUUUUGGCUGGUCAGGAAUUUAGGGAAGAUCUUCCAAUUUUCUUAAGACAAAAAUUUUCAACAUCCCGUCCACUGACAGAGUGGGUGGACCCUGUGGGUCUGACUUUGCAAAUAGGGUGAUCCAAGAAAGGGCUCACUGCAGAUUUCCACAGAAAUAUUACUUGUAUUAACUCUGAU